UCCCACAACCUCAUCUCAGUUUUGUUUGGCAACAACACGCUGAUACCUCUUGUGUAACCACUGCUGAUAACUUCAUAUCGUUGUUUAUUUCAAGACAAACAGAAAAUCUCUCUUUUAAGUGAGCAAACACUGGACAGCUGCGUCUUUUCUUUCUGACAACACACCGGGCACUGGCAGAGAUGGGUUUCCGCUCUCCGGUAAUCCUGUGGCUGGCCCUAGCCGCCGUGCUGGGCUCAGUACUCGGGCUUGGUGAGGACCUCGACCGGCCUCUGAUCGGGCCUCCAGGCUCUCCUAUCCGGCUGCAAGAGUCCGAUCCCGGCCUAAAAAAGGCUCUGGAGUUCGCCGAGGAGCGCUACAACCGAGGCUCCAACGCCAUGCACCUCCGCAAAAUCAGCCGGCUCCUCUCGGCUACCAAACAGCUGGUGAAGGGUAUCCGCUACACAAUAACAGUGGAGCUGAGUAACACUCAAUGUAAGAAGUCCACCAUGCUCAGGACAUGUGACUUCUAUCCCGAGUUGCACAAACUCAAGACGGAGGUGUGUGUGUUCGAAGUGUGGGACGUUCCCUGGCAGGGUGCUUCAACUCUGCUCAAACAGAAGUGCCAGCCUAAAGUUGAAUCACAACAUGAAGAAACCAACACGGUCGUGGAUGUGUCCACCAGCCAGCCUCUGGAGGAAUCCGUUGAGCUGUUGGGCCAGUUCAAAAACUUCAUGGUGACAUACAAUAAGGUCUACAGCAGCCAGGAGGAGGCAGAUCAUCGUCUGCACAUCUUCCACGAGAACCUGAAGACUGCUGAGAAGCUCCAGUCUUUGGAUCAAGGGUCAGCCGAGUAUGGAGUCACCAAGUUCAGUGACCUAACUGAGGAAGAGUUUCACUCUACUUACAUGAACCCGCUGCUGAGUCAAUGGACUCUUCAUCGGCCGAUGAAACCGGCCUAUGCUGCCCGAGGCCCCGCCCCUGCCAGCUGGGAUUGGCGGGAUCAUGGAGCUGUCAGUUCUGUUAAGAGCCAGGGUAUGUGUGGAUCCUGCUGGGCAUUUUCUGUGACAGGCAACAUUGAAGGCCAGUGGUUCCUGAAAAAUGGGACGCUGCUGUCCCUCUCUGAACAAGAGCUGGUUGACUGUGAUGGGCUGGACCAGGCGUGCAAAGGAGGGCUGCCCACAAACGCUUAUGAAGCCAUUGAGAAGCUGGGUGGUCUGGAGACAGAGACUGACUACUCCUACACCGGGCACAAGCAGAGGUGCGACUUCACCACCAUGAAGGUGGCCGCCUACAUCAACAGUUCUGUGGAGCUGUCCAAAGACGAGAAGGAAAUUGCAGCUUGGCUGGCUGAGAACGGACCGAUCUCUGUUGCACUGAACGCCUUUGCCAUGCAGUUCUACAGGAAGGGCGUGUCUCACCCUAUGAAGAUCUUCUGCAACCCCUGGAUGAUCGACCACGCUGUGCUGAUGGUGGGAUACGGUGAACGUAAAGGUGUCCCAUUCUGGGCCAUCAAAAACAGCUGGGGAGAGGAUUAUGGAGUUGAGGGUUACUAUUACCUAUACAGGGGGUCCAAUGCCUGUGGGAUCAACAAGAUGUGCUCAUCUGCUGUGAUCAACUAAAGAACUAACACCUCAUACCCACACCAUCAUAGUACAUGUACUACAGUUGCCAGCUGACCUCACCUUCAUACCUCACACCUCGUGUUACUAAAAACAUACCAGCUUUGAUAAAGCUAGCUUUGCUGAGGAAUGUUAUAGUUAUUUUAAAGUAGAUUAUAUGUGCCCAUUUCAUUCCGUUAGUCCUGCAGGUCAUAGAUUGCUGUGUUUGGGUUUUAAGUCCUCUUUCCUCAAAGUAACAGAGCCCGCGUUUGAUACAGAGCGUGCACUGAUUGAAGUUAGACUGAUUAGACGUGAUUUUACCGACCUGUAUUGGUCUGCACAUAUGGUUGGUACAUAACUGCAAUAUAAUUAUAAAAACUGCUGUAAGACAGUGAGAACUAAGUGAAGGUGGAAUAAAUAAAAGUGUGAAAUCCUAA